UACCGGUCGGAAGAUGCUUGGACAAGCCAAUAAUGUUGUGUAACUGCACGUUUUCCACAUCACCAUGCCAGUAGAUGGUUCAGAGGAUCAGGCCCCGUUUUCCUUCUCUGGGAUGGCCAGUGUUGCUCUCACUAGGAGAGCUUCAGAGGAGAAUGGAGGAUCAGUGGUUUAUUCUGAAGCUACUUCUGCCUGCCCAGCUGUUAACGAUGCAGGGGACGACAACAGCGGUGGUAAAAGGUCCGGAGCCUUGCUGCAGAUCGACCGCCAGCGGAUCCAAGGAGCAUCUGCCAGUUCUGGGGCUGAUGAGCUGCUGGGUCUUGGUGUGGCUGUCUACGAUCAGGAAGUCCUUGAGCAAGGUGUCCUGCAGCAGGUGGACGAGGCCAUCAAUGAGGCCAAUCAGGCUGCGGUCAAAGCUGAGGCGGAGAAGGAAUACGAGUCCGUGCUGGAUGAUGUCAGGUCUGUUACCACUUCUCUCAAACAUAUUAAUAAAAUCAUUGAGCAGCUAUCGCCGUACGCUUCGACAAGUAAAGACAUCACUAGGAAGAUUGAGUCUGUGAAAAGGCAGAGAGAAAAUAAGGAGAAGCAGCUCAAAAAGGUCCGAGCUAAACAGAAGCGACUUCAGGCUAUUUUAGGAGGGGAGGCCACGCAAAGGUUUGAAGAUGAGCUUUUGGCAGAGGAUGCAGAAGAGACAGAGCCAGGCCCCUCAACGCUGGGCAGCAUGCUCAUGCCAGCCCAGGAGACGGAGUGGGAGGAGCUAAUAAGGACAGGUCACAUGACCCCUUUUGGUACACGAAUCCCACAAAAGGAAGAGGUUAAAAAGGAGCCCCGGAAAUUGAUGCUGGCUGAGAACUCAGCCUUCGAUCAGUACUUGGCCGACCAGGCCAAGCUGGCGACUGAGAGGAAAAGAACCCCUCAUGUGAAGAAAAAGAAGAGCUCUGGUGCUAAAAGGGAAGGAACCAAAAGCAUUGCUUCCUCUCCAAAAGAUAAGAAAAUGCGUAAGCGCAUGCGAAAGCUCCAGAUAACCGCUCUGAAAGCUCACCCUAAGGCGAGACCCAAGUCUGAGCCACAAGCACCCAAGUGGAAGAGGAAACCUCAAAUCGAAGGUGAAGAGGUCGACAGCGAGGGGUCAGAGUACCUGCCGAGUGACCAAGGAUAUGAUCCUGACCAAGAGGAGAGAGAUGCCAUGGAGGAGGGCUACGGGGAUGACGAUGACGAUGACGAGUAUGGCUUAAAACCGUACAAGAGGAAGAAUGAAGCAAAGGGCAGGAGGCUGAUCAAGAAACAACAUAGCGAGGAAGAAUACUCCCCUGAAAGCUCAGAAGAAGAGGAGAACACCAAGAGGAAAGAGAAGAAAUUCAAGGAUGACGGAGAUGUUGAAUAUUACAGACAGCGAAUAAGGAGGUGGAAGCGACAACGCCUCAGAGAAAGGGAGGAGAGGAGGGAAAGUGGCGAGCUCACAGACGACAGCGAUGCCGAAUUUGAUGAAGGCUUCAAAGUGCCUGGUUUCCUCUGGAAGAAACUUUUCAAGUACCAGCAGACUGGCGUACGGUGGAUGUGGGAGCUCCAUUGUCAGCAGGCAGGUGGCAUCCUGGGAGAUGAGAUGGGUUUGGGUAAAACCAUCGAGGUCAUCAGUUUUCUGGCUGGACUCAGCUACAGCAAACUGAGGACCCGAGGAUCCAACUACAGGUAUGUUGGUCUGGGUCCAACCGUCAUCGUGUGUCCUGCUACAGUCAUGCACCAGUGGGUGAAGGAAUUUCACACGUGGUGGCCUCCUUUCAGAGUGGCUGUUCUUCAUGAAAGUGGCUCUUUCACUAGCAACAAGGAAAAGCUGAUUCCUGAGAUUGCAUCUUGUCAUGGGAUCUUAAUAACCUCAUAUUCAGCAGUGCGGAACUUGCAGGACACAAUGCAACGCUACGAUUGGCAUUACAUCAUCCUUGAUGAAGGCCACAAGAUUAGAAAUCCAAAUGCUGGAGUCACCACAGCCUGCAAACAGUUCCGAACUCCCCACAGGUUCAUCCUCUCUGGCUCUCCCAUGCAGAACAAUUUGAAGGAGCUAUGGUCUCUGUUUGACUUUGUCUUUCCUGGAAAACUGGGAACCCUGCCCGUCUUCAUGGAGCAGUUCUCUGUACCCAUCACUAUGGGAGGAUACAGCAAUGCCUCACCUGUCCAGGUCCAGACAGCGUUCAAGUGUGCGUGCGUGCUGAGAGACACCAUCAAUCCUUACCUCCUUCGUAGAAUGAAGGCAGACGUCAAAGCCAAUCUCGCCUUACCUGACAAGAAUGAGCAGGUUCUCUUUUGCAGGUUAACACAAGAGCAGCGGGAAGUUUACCAAAGCUUCUUGGACUCUAAAGAAGUCUACCAAAUACUCAACGGGGACAUGCAGGUUUUCUCAGGCUUGAUAGCGUUGCGUAAGAUUUGCAACCACCCAGAUCUUUUCUCCGGCGGCCCCCGGCUGCUGAAGGGGAUCCCAGAGGAAGCGCUGACAGAAGAGGAGCACUUUGGCUACUGGAAACGCUCGGGCAAGCUAAUCGUGGUGGAGUCGCUGCUGCGCCUUUGGUUCAAGCAGGGUCAGCGAGUGCUGCUCUUCACGCAGUCCAGACAGAUGUUGCACAUCUUUGAGGUGUUUGUGAGGCAGAACAACUACACUUAUGUGAAAAUGGACGGCACUACCGCCAUAGCUUCCCGACAGCCCCUCAUUGCGCGCUACAACGAGGACCAAUCUAUUUUUAUCUUCUUAUUGACCACUAAAGUGGGAGGCCUGGGAGUCAACCUGACUGGAGCCAACAGGGUCAUCAUCUAUGACCCGGACUGGAACCCCAGCACUGACACACAGGCCAGGGAGCGGGCGUGGAGGAUUGGUCAGAAACAACAAGUAACAAUCUACAGGCUCCUCACUGCAGGGACCAUAGAGGAGAAAAUCUACCACAGGCAAAUUUUUAAGCAGUUUCUUACUAAUCGUGUGCUGAAGGACCCCAAACAACGGCGGUUCUUUAAGUCCAAUGACAUUUAUGAACUAUUCACUCUCGCUGACCCUGAUGGCACACAGGGCACAGAGACCAGUGCCAUAUUUGCAGGUACCGGAUCAGACGUGAAGGCACCUCAGAAACCUGACAGGAUGCAGCGCAACAAACACCCUAAAGUGGACCAGAAUGACUCAAGGAUCAUUCCUGCAUCUCCAAGUAGAAAAUUACCUGAGGGUCAAUUCAACGCUCUAAUAGACCAGCACGAUGAUGCAAAAGUAUCAGCCAGUAUAGAAAACAAGUUCAUCCAGGAGACUUAUAAGGACACAGAUGGCAGCCUGAAGCGCAGGGAGAAGAGGAAGCACUGUGACUCCAACAACGUGAAAAGACAUCACAAUAAGAAGCAUAAACGCGACAAAGACGCUCGAUUUGAAGGCCAGCGUAUUUCUCACUUGGUGAAGAAGCGAGCGUUGAAGGAGGAGCAGACUGACGAGCAGCCUGGCGACCAGAAGAAAUCCGACGACUAUGUUUUGGCGAAGCUCUUCAAGAAAUCUGGAAUCCACAGCGUCAUGCAGCACGACUCCAUCAUCGAGUCGUCCAACCCAGACUACGUCCUGGUGGAGGCGGAAGCCAGCCGGGUGGCCAAAGACGCCCUGAAGGCCCUCAAGGUGUCUCGGCAGCAGUGCAGGCUGGCCGUCAGUCGACAUCCUCCGCCCCCCGCACGGAAACGCUUUGGUCAGAAGAAGAAUUCUCUCCUGGUUGGACCUUCUGUCCACGAUGUCCCCGCCUCCAACAAAUGCAAGGACGCUGCCGUCAUAAGAAACAUGAAGUCAAAGAAGUCUGCAUCGGGAGCUCACUUCAGCGGGGAGGCGGCCGAGACCGACUGUAGCCCCGCCCCCCUGUCCUCUUCCUCCCUGCUGGCGAAAAUGAAAAGCCGCAACCACAUCAGCCGAGGAGGAGGAGAGGAGGAGGAAGAGGAGGACGUUGCGGAGGGAUCUCGCUCCCCUCCGCCUCCCAACACCGAGCACGACGAGCUGCUGGCGGACCUCCGCAACUUUGUGGCCUUCCAGGCGCAGGUGGACGGGGAGGCCAGCACGCAGGAAGUGCUGCAGUACUUCAAACCCAGACUGAGCGAGAAGCAGGCGCCCGUCUUCAGAGAACUGCUCAGGAGCAUCUGUGACUUUCACAGGACGUCUGGGCAAGACGGCCUCUGGAGGCUCAAGGAGAACUUCCGCUAACCUGACAACUCCAGUGGAGGAAUACUUGAAAUCAAAUCAGCACACAUCCUAAAACCCGCAUUUUUAACAUACAAGUGGAGAAAUAAGUGUGCAACUCCGAGCCAUACUAAACCACCAUUCUGGUUAUGUGCCCUCCAGUGGUGGCCUGGCAUAAAAGCCAAAUAUCAGGCAAAACAUCUCAGACUUUUCCACACAAUGACUAUUUAAACUUGAAGUUUUUAUGCCAUUUAAAGGCAUGUUCUCAUCUGUUUGGUCGACGAUUUAAAUGUUUCUGCCAACUGUGAUGAAAAUAUCGACACACCUCAAGAACUCUAAAACUUACAUUUACAGUACUGCAGUACCUCAAAUAUGUCUUAUACACUCCAGUCCAUUAUUCAUAUAUGGUUGUACUUGAAUUUCCUCUUUUAUUUACACUACACAAAGUGGAAAUCUAUGCAGGAUUAAUAUUUUUAAAUGAAGGUCAAUAUUGCUUUUUUUUUUCUAAAGACCUUUUUUGCAGGCACUUUCUAUUCAAUUUGCUUAUGUACUUAAAAUGACCUCAAAAAUGAAAGAAAAAGCACUUUUGACCUUAAUUUUGACAAGAUUUCCCCAUGUUUGUGUCCUCAUGUCUCUUAUUCCAGUCAUUACCUCAUAUUUUUAUAACAUUUUUGUCAGGUGUCACAACAGUGAAAUACAUUAAAAAUGAAUAAGCUGUC